UUCAAUUGAUAAUUGGGAUUUGUUUAAGGAAAUAAAAUGCUUUUAUAAUUUGUAAAUUAUCAUAAGAAACUUGUAGUAAAGUUACAUUCUUUUUUAAUACAGUUGAUUCGCUAUUGCUAAUUAUUCACCAGUGGUUGACAAAUGGCGGAAUUGUUUUUAUCGGGGAACUGUCAAAAACUUAAAUUCUUUAUCGGUUCAUGAAUAUAAAUAAUUAAUAACGCGAGAUGGAUACCCCUUUGGAAAAAGUCGAAUUGCAUGCAGACGUUUAUAUGGUUUGCUUGCAACAUGCACUUUCUACUGAAAACUUUGAGGUUAUGGGUUUGCUGAUUGGUAAUUUCAUUAAUGGCGUUGCUAAAAUAUCAGCUGUUAUAAUCUUGCGUCGUUUGGACAAGAAGAAAGAUAGAGUAGAGAUUUCAUCGGAGCAAGUUUUGAAAGCUGCUGCCGAGGCUGAAAGACUAACUGUUGAAUUACAAAGGCCUAUGCGUGUUCUUGGCUGGUAUCACUCUCAUCCACAUAUUACUGUAUGGCCAUCUCAUGUUGAUGUAAGAACACAGGCAACGUACCAGACAAUGGAUCAUGGCUUUGUUGGUCUGAUCUUUUCUGUGUUCUCUGAAGGUAAAGAUUCUAAGGAACAAGAAGUGCUGGUCACAUGUUUUCAAUCUCAUAAUGGAGAGGCUACUGAAAUUCCAUUGGAAAUCAUGUACACACCAGAUAUCUCGGAUAGAUGUUUAAAGACGAUGACCGACCUGCCGAAAAUCCUAGUUCAGGAAGAAGAAGACACUGCAGAAUCCUGUAGAAAUCAUCCAGACAUUCUUGCUUCCAUACAUAAUAACGCAGUGAGAACACGCGCCCUGGCACACAUAACGGACAUCGUGACGAAGCCAUUGUUAUUAACUUUUGAGGAACGAAUAGCACUGAAUAAAAUUCGUGCAGCACAUCUGCGUAGGCAGCUUCAGGAUUUGCAGAAGAUAUACAACGUUUAAUAAGAAACACUCGAUACUUCUCUUCAUACUCUCUACUUUGGCCAUAAGAAUUUGUCUCUCCGAUAAACUUCACUAUGCAUCUUACUAUCAGUAAAUGACAAAAGCUUCGACUCCGAAUUCGCAAUACACUCGUUAGAUUUAAUGUUACACGUGUGAUUGUACAAUUACAAUCUAGGAUAAUUUUUUUUAAAUAAAGUUUUCGUUGCGUUCUCAAAUAAAA